UAACACCCACCCUUGUGACUGCAGACUGUUUUUAGUUGGCGGCACGGAAUCUUGAGCCUUGACCUACAACCUUGCAAACACCACUCCCCUCCCACAAGUCUCCGCUGUCAGGAGGGGACCACGGCAGGGAGCCAGGAGAAAAGCAGCGCCAGCGCACAAUUGCUCAGCAGGGCACGUGGCCUGCGGCCUCCCGCUACAAUAUUUACGUCCUAGUCCAUUGAGAGGGCACCCCCCCCUCUGCUCACGUGACCCAAAUGCAGUUCUCACUGCGCCAAGAACAAACACCCCGGACGCAGUCUGCGCACAUGCUCCGUCUGGCCCUGAGAAGCCUCACUCACUCAUUGAGGUUUCCAUUGGUUUAAAGCAACCUUCCAGCCGCGGAGGCUCGGAGACCUGCAGCGCCUUCCUGGCCCAGAUCCAAGGAGCCUCAGCCAGCCAUGCUGAAGCUGACUGACGUGGUGCCUGCAGCGCAUGAGACGGUGUUUUCUCCUCUCCAGAGCCCUGGGUGUUUUUUGCCGUUCUUGUGGUAAACGAUGAGGCAGGCUACCAUGGAUUUCAGCACCUCACCUGUGUUCGAUCAGCAGAAAGGUGACUCAUCUGAGGAAGUCGACUUGACCAUGGUGUAUCAGGCAGCAUCUAAUGGAGAUGUCAACGCUCUGACUGCCGUGAUUCGAGAGGACCCUUCUAUCCUGGAAUGCUGUGACAGUGAAGGAUGCACGCCCUUGAUGCAUGCGGUUUCUGGCCGUCAAGUGGACACGGUGAAACUGCUCUUGAAGAUGGGCGCCAACAUUAAUACCCAGGAUGCCUAUGGCCGCACCAGUUUAUGCCUGGCAACGUACCUGGGCUGGCUUGAAGGCUGUGUGAGCCUGCUCAGAAACGGUGCCAAACACAACAUCCCCGAUAAAAAUGGCCGCCUGCCACUGCAUGCUGCCACUGCGGAGCCCGACGUGAGGCUCCUCAUAGUCCUGCUGCAACAGUCCAGCCCCGGUGAAAUCAAUCAUCAGGACACGGAGGGGAUGACACCACUCCAUUGGGCAGCUUUCCACAACCGGCCUCAACACACCCAGAUGCUGUUGAAGAAAGGGGCAGAUCCCACCCUCUUGGACAAGGACUUUAAAACAGCUCUCCACUGGGCAGCCCAGAGUGGAAAUAGAGUUCUGUGCUCCAUCAUUCUGAGUCAUCAUCAGGGACCGUCCAUUAUCAACUGUGACGACGAGAGUGGAAAGACCUGUGUCCAUAUCGCAGCAGCUUCGGGUUUCGGCGACAUUAUUACCGAUCUGGCAAAAGUCCCUGAGUGUAACCUGCAGGCUCUGGAUAUGGAUGACAGGACACCCCUGCACUGGGCUGCAGCUGCCGGGAAAGCAGAGUGCGUCCAGUCACUGCUGGACUUGGGCAUGGACAGCAACCUGAGGGACAUCAACGAGAGCACGCCCCUGGCCUACGCUCUGUACUGCGGCCACACAGCCUGCGUCAGGCUCCUCUCCCAAGGAGGCCGACAAUUAAGCCAUCUUUGAUUGAAUUUUGCACUGUGGUAUAGAAAUUUCAUCCGGUCAAAGCCCAACACCAAUGAAGAGAGAAAUUACUGGCACCAAGAUUUUCCCUCUUCUUCUCCUCACACUAGGACUGAUUACCAAUCAAUUGGCAGGUUACAUGUCCCUCUAGGCUCUGUUCCAUGCAAAUCCACACAAGCUUUCCACAUCAGAAGUCUUAAUCCUACUGGGGUGGGGAGGGGGAUCAAACCUCAAGGCAACAAAAGGCCGUCAGAUCUACUGGGUUACUGUCCGAGAACAAAAUUCGGUUUCAGCACUGUUCCUCCAAACAGAGCACGUCAGUCAUUAGGUGCUGCACCCACUGCAGACUGAGACUGAUAAAGCUGACAGACAGCUGCCUCAACCAAUCAUUCAAUCAGCGUGCUUUAAAGUCAAGAAACUGUCUCACCCACCGGAUUUCAAACCAAGAAAACUAGGGAGUAUUCUUAAAUGCACUAAAAAGUCGUUUAUAAACCCAUAAGCAACAAAAUACCACUGCACCAGUCCAGAAACUAUUAUGAAAAAAAAAAAAGUGAAGGCAAUAAAUACAAAGUUUAGUCAGCUUUUCUCUUCUCUCGGUUGCUUAUAUAAUACCACUAAUACGAUACAAACUCUUGAAAGCCUUGAUUUCUUGUCCAGGCUCAUUAAGUAUCUCUAGACUCUCUUGUGUUGUUUCAUCAUUCGUACAUUCUGCUACACAGCUGCCGGAGUAACGUGGGGAGUUCCCAUUCUGGGGGGGACUCAUUGAUCAUGUGAUUGCCAUGGUGAAAGGGAGAUAAAAAUAUAUUAAUAAUUUAAAAGUAUAAAUGGCUAUAUAGUCCUAUAAAUAUGUAUGUGUGUAUGUAUGGACAAAGACAGUGAGAAAACAUGGUGGUGAAACUGUUUUCAUAGUGAGAAAACAUCCAUUGUCGGCAUCCAAAUUUAGUGCCGAUGUUUUUCAAACAGACUACAGUAUCUCAUUCCGAAGAGUAAUAUUGCAGUCCCCCGCUUGGCAGCCCGCACAUGGGUCCAGUUUUGAGGUUGAUCCCUAACGCAGAAAGCAUGGACUUGACCGGGGGCCUCAAAAGAGAAUAGCACAGACUUUCCAAAGAACUGGAACAGAACAACGCCUCGGGGAAACUCAGCUUGAGCAAGCCCGCCAAACAGCUGCCGCUAACCUUUUUUCAGUUGAGUUUGCUUGUGAGUGGAGUAUUGCUCACAUCUGCCACACCCAACCUCUGGCACACAUGACUUCCUCUUCCACUGGAACUCAAACUCAAUCUAAUUCUUCUCUGCCUGUUUCCUUUAGCAGAGUGUUUUUCAUAACUCUAUUUAGGGUUUUUUUUUUUUAAGAUGUGAAAGAAUUGCAAAGAACAAACUAUAAAAAUGUGCAAGAUGCUGGAUGCAUAAUGUCAGUGCUGCUGGACCCCCUGGGAUCUCUCACUCAGAGCAGACAGUUAUCUCUGCAGCUCCCCUCCUCCUCCUGCCCUGUGAGGCCGAACUCACACCUUAUUCUUCCUCUCUAAUGCCUCUGUCACUGAGAUGAGAGAGCGGGAAUGCUUUAAGCUAUUUCCAGCAUAACCGAUUGAUAACUGAAAACAGAUUGCCGUGAGGUCAUUGAAAGGCCAGCCUCUGGAGCCUCGGGGAUGGUUCAGCCAGUAAAUGCUUGCACAACAAGCCUGAGGACCUGAUUUUGAUCCCCAGCACCCAUGUACAAGCCAGGCAUAGUAGCCCCCAGCUGUAAUCCCAGCGCUGGGGAAAUAGAGACGAGGGGGUGUUUGUGGCUCGCUGGCCAGCUAACCCAGCUGAAUAAGCAAGCUCCAGAUUCAGUGAGGCCCCAUCUCAAGUAAUCAUCAUCAUAAUAAUGUUGGUCCAGAGACAUGGUUCAGCAGGCAAAGGGGCUUGCCGUGCAAGCUUAUGCCUGAGUUCUAUCCUUGGAGCCCACAGAAAGGUCAAAGGAGAGAACCAGAUUCACAGAGUUGCCCUCUGACCUCCACAGACAUGCCCUGGCAUGCAAGCACCAGCACUUAGGCACACCAUACAGCGUCAACACAAAAACACAAAUCUCUCCUCAAAAGGGGUCAGAGAUGGUUUAUUCUGGAGCCAAACAUGGAUGGUCAGUGGCCUAGCAACAUAGACUUGGGUUACUUCAACGUUCAUGUUCCAAGAUGAAGUUUUUAUAGAAACAGAAGAAGGACAGUUGUGAAUCAAGAAACCUUCCAGAUACAUUGAUGGAAACAUUGGGUGGUCAGCUUAGAACAGAGCGGGGAAAUUUCUGCCCUGGGUCUCUGGUACUCUCUGACAUUCUUAGCCUUUUGGUUGAUGGGGGCUAAGUAUCAGCUUGUUCACUCCUAAGGACUUACCUGAUGGUCCCCAACAGAGGAGGGCAAUGCAUGGCUAUUAAGAAGACUGAAAAUAACCUGGGAUAAGCUGACUCUGGAUUUGUAACACUCCUGAAGCUUUAAUUAGUUCAUUGCAGAAGCAUCAGUGGGGGAUGCAGCCUCUUUCAGAGAACUGUCAUUCACAACAAUAAUAAAUAAUUGUUAAAGAUUAAAUAAGUAAGGUUGACAGGCACACGCAUC